AUGAAGACAUCUAAGACGGUGUCCAUGUGCACCCCAGCAGAGGAGACUCGAGGCAUACAUGUGUUUGAUAUCUUGGGUUACAGCAAGCACAGGGGCAUGGGCCACGACCUCGACAGUCACAUACGGUCCGGAAUUUUCUCCGUCGAUGGCCACGACUGGGAAAUCAACUUCUACCCUGACGGGUUUAAUGGAUUUGGCCCGUUUAAUGGACAUGGGGAAGAUUACAUCUCAGUUUUUCUCGUGCUUUUGAGCAAGAACACUAAAGUCCGGGCAUCCUGCGACAUGAGGCUGGUUGAUCAGUACACUGGAUUCUCAUCUUCAAUGCAUAAAACAGAACCAAGGUUUUUCGAUUCUUGUGAUGUUACUAUCAUGGCUCCACAUACUCCUAUUUUCAUAAGGCGAAGCGAGAUCGAGGGAUCCGUCUACCUUAGGGAUGACCGCCUGACGAUCGAAUGCAUCGUAACUGUUUUCAAGAUGCCACAUGUUACUCAAACCAAAUCAUUCCCUAAAAUCGACAUGCCACAAGCUGACAUGACUGAGCAUGUUAGCAAGCUGCUUGAAGAAAAGAAGGGAUUUGAUGUCUGUUUCAUUGUCGGAGGAGAGACCAUCGAAGCACAUAGGUUUGUUCUCGCUAUGAGGUCGCCUGUUUUUAAAGCAGAGCUCUAUGGGUCAAUGCAUGAGGCGAGGCUGGGGCAGUGCAUAACCAUCAAGGACAUGCAACCUGCCGUUUUCAAGGCCCUGCUCCAUUUCAUCUAUACGGACUAUGUGCCUAGCGGCGAGGAUACAGAGAUGAUCCGGCUCUUACUAGUGGCCGCGGACAGAUAUGCAAUGGAUAGGCUCAAGCUGGUUUGCCAAAGCAUCCUUUGCGAUGAUCUGAAUGUGGACACCGUCGCAACCACAUUGGCUUUAGCUGACCAACAUAACUGCCACCAACUUAAGGAUGCUUGCCUCGAAUUUAUCGAAUUAUCAAAUUUCAUGGAUGCUGUGGUGGCAACCCAACUCUUAAAGGAUCUCAAGGCGACUUGCCCAUCUUUCAUAGUGGAUGAACUGGUGAAGAGAAGAAAGUUUUCAUGA